AUGCGUGGUUGCAUUUUCGCUGUCAUGAUACAAAUCAAAAUCCUGUACCACCUUAACCAGGAAUUUUUCAGCUUCCUUUCCUUCGCAGAAUCUUCUGGCAGAGUUUCUCUGACCGAGAAGUCAUGUGCAUAUGAGUGGUUAUGCUUGCUUAGCACUUUCCCGUACUCAUCCACGUUUUCAGUGCACUUACUGAUGCUUCCUGUCUUGACAGUUUUGCUUACUCUGUCAUACAGUUUAUAGGAAUCAGCAAUUGUGGUCUCCGAAUGUCCAACAUACAUAAAAGCUUUUGCUCUUGGAUUGAGCUUUUGACCCAAACCUGUGUUGCUUUGCUUAGUUAAUAAGUUCAUACACUUCACAGCCAAAUACUUUUACUUUGGUCAUGUCAGGCUUGAUACCAUACAUUAUUUCGUAUGGACUUUUCUUCAAGUCAUACUUCUGAUGUGGAAUCCGAUUGUAUAACCAUACAGCAUGUUCAUAUGCAAGUGGCCAUUCUUCUUUUGGCAUGUUUGCAGUAUACAUCAUUGCUCGUGCCAUGUCUCCCAGGGUUUCCCAGAGACGU